CUUAAUAAUAAUUGCAUCGCCGGUGAAUUAAAGAGCUUUAGUUUUAUUCUGCAAUCGGAAAGUAAAGUACCAAUUCCAGCAAAUAUGUUGACCUCCGUGUUUUGCAUGCGCCUGAACACCUAUGGCGUUGUCAUUGGCUGGCUGGGCGUAAUUUUCUCAUUUUUGGCCACGAUCCUUUUGUCCGUGGCCUUGGGAUUCGUUGAUGAAAUUGCGCAGGAGAUCGUCAAAUCGGCCCAAAAGACCGACCUGACUGUUAGCGAAGUGCGCACCGGUCUCAUCGUUCUUCUCAGUGUUUACCUGGCGCUGAAGGUGAUUAAUCUUUUGGCAUCGGCCAUGUUGGUCGUGGGUACCGUUAAGGAACGUCAUCUCCUUCUGCUUCCUUGGCUGAUCAACAACGGAGUAAUCCUGGUUUUCGCAAUUAUCACCCAUAUUGGCGUUUGGGCACAGGUCAUCGGAUCCCAAAUGCCCUUCUUAAGCGCAGUUCCAAUUAUCUUAAUCUCGGUGGGAAUUCUUGUGCUCACAUGGUAUCUGUACUACGGCAUCUACUCGCUCUUCAAGCAGAUCCAGGCAUCCAGUGAGCUCCAGCGUCCACUGAUUCCGCCGGCAACCCAGCAGACUAACUCCUAUCCCAGCUACACCAAGAUAUAGAGCCGGUAUUGGUCCUAUUUAAGAGUCAUCUUAUUGUAACACUAUUUUCCCGCAUAUUUUUCGAAUGUUUUUUAGUGGAGCUCUCCUAAAUAAAUGGAUGUUAGCCCAUCUUAUUAAUCUUCCCUAGCUAGUAACACCAAAAUUAGGCCUUACCCCACAUAUAUUUUCGAUAAACAUACAUAUAUCUACGAGACUGUGUUGUCAACAAUUUGAAAAUUGUCAAAUUAUAUUUUCCUAUUGGCUUUAAAAAUACAUAUUUUAUACACAUCAAGCUGAAAGAACGCCUGACUAAGAAAUGAAA